AACCAAGCGAAUUCAAAAAGCAUUCCUCAAAUCUCCAUUAUCAUCAAUCCAAAUUAAUCAAUCAAGCUUUCUAUCUGUUACAGAUUUCAGUUCUACUUCUUAUCUCGAUCAAAACCUCUGAACGAAUCUUUUUUUGCAAAUUUGAUCGUAUUCAAAUCAUACAUAUGGCUGAAGUCAAUUCACAGGCACCGGGAUCUGUUAACGAAACCACAUCUCCCGAUCCCUCGAAAUCGGAAAGUCCUGCAGCAAACGAAGCGAGUGGGCGACCAGAUGGUGAUUCAAGAGGUUCGAAGCCUUCAGGACGUGGUCGAGGUCGUGGAGCACCUCGUAAUGAUUUCGAUAGAAGUACACAACCUUCUACUGGGCGAGGUUCAGGUGUGAGAGGUGGUCGUGGGCGUGGUCGAGGUGCUGGACGUGGCAGAGGUAGAGGUAGAGAUAAAGUACAGGGAGAUGGACGGAACGUUCUACAAAGCUCUGGAGAGAAUGGGGAUCUUGCUGCUCAAGAUGGCGAAGAGCCGGUUGAUCAUGAAAGUGGAGAGAGUUCAACGGAUGACGAGGACGAUUUGGACGAUCAUGAAGAUUCAGAUGAAGAGAGUGAUGAAGAUGGUACCAAUAAACCCGAAGGUGCAGAAAAGAGUAAAAAAGAUAAGCAUAGACCUAGGAAGGCGGCAAAACCAGUAGAAGUAGAUUCGUCUUCUGUUGUUCCUGUUGAAACUCCUAACGAGGUAAGAGAAAAGAAAAAACAACCAUAUGUGCGACAAGUUGAACUUCCCAAGGAAAAAUUGUCGGCAGCCGAUUUAGAUGCUAAGAUGGCUGCUAUGGCUAUCACAAAUGCCAAGCUUCUUGAACGUAAAGAGGCGGCUGACAAGGAUGCGGCCGAGUACGAAGAAGUUGAACGUGAAAGUUGUAAAAAGGUAUGGUUGAAGACCAUAGCCAUCUAUUUGCAUGAGGCUCGACGCGUUCAGCAAGCUGAGAUCGAUGAAGCUCGAAGGUUAGCGGCUGAGCGUAAAUUGGGCAAAGUUCAAGGUCGAGAAUGGGAUCGUGAGAAAACCGAUGAUGAUUGGAAUCGGGCGCGUCCUUAUGUAGACUCAAUGACGAUCCCUGAAGGCGGUGGUCAAUACAGAGGACGCGAUCAUCGUGGUCAUGGCAUGCGCGGUGGUGGUGGUAGAGGUCGUGCAGAUCAUGGCCGACCUUUCCGUGCCAGAGGACGAGGUUCUCGAGGUCGCGGAUCGAAAUUUACCGGUAAUCACCACAAUUCCCCUGGUGGUGGUGGGACUCAAGAUGUAGGAAACGAAGGGAACCAGGGCGGACAAGGAUGGGAUCCUGUGGAGCCUGCCCCAGGCGAGAAUGAAGGGAACCAGGGCGGACAAGGAUGGGAUCCUGUGGAGCCUACCUCAGGCGAGAAUGAAGGGAAGCAGGGUGGACAAGGAUGGGAUCCUGUGGAGCCUGUUCCAGGCGAGAAUGAAGGGAAGCAGGGUGGACAAGGAUGGGACCCUGUGGAGCCUGUUCCAGGCGAUAAAGAAGAAUACCAACGUGGUUGGGAUGAAGAACCAGUUAACCUGCACGAUGGCGCCAAUGGAGGGACAAAUUAAAUGUCUCUUAACCCACUCAAAACAUUUGACAGAUUACACUUGUCGGGGAGAUCAAACAUUGCCCCCGUCUGCGUGAUCGGACAAUGCUCACAUUAUUAAAUAUAUAUACAAAAAAAAAUCCAAGGAUUCAUUCAACUUUAUUCAACUUUUCUCUUUCUUUACUUAUCUGUGUGUUGUGAAUAUAUGUUUAGACCAUCUUAUGAUUUCUUCACUUUACUCGAAAUUGCUUUAAUGUUACUUUGAGUGAUGUGAGAUGAAAAUCAUUAAGCAAUAUCAUCUUGAUUUCAGUCUUUGUUC